AUGACAACAAAACAGUAUGAUAAAUUAAAUACAAAAAAUGAUAUUAGAUCUUCUUCUCUUCCACCAGCUUUAUAUAAAAUACAAUAUCCAAAUUGUCGGACUGGAAUGUUUAGUCUUCGUGCACCAUUUAAAAAUUUUCAUAUAGAUGACAAUGAACAACAAAUAUCUAUACGUAGUUCUACUCCUAAUACUGCACAUCCAGAAUAUUUACAUGUUGAUCAAUUAAAUCAACAAGAAUUAUCUAUCAUUCGUCAAUCAUUACAACGAGAUGCUCAAGUUCAAUGUUCGCUUGGUUCUUCUGAUAGUCAUGAUGGAUUAGAUUUACGAAGACAAAAAGUAUUUGUAACAGAUUCAUACGAUAGUGGGUAUUUUAGUCCUCGUUAUCGUGUUCAAUUACAAUUACGACCAACACAACCGAAUAUUUAUGAAGUAUGGAAUGUUGAAACUCCACCACAACGAUCAAUUCCAAUAAAUGAACGAAUUAAACGUCGAGAACCGUCGAUACGUAUUCGUUCACCACGUUUAGUUGAUAUAGAACCUUUGAGUGAUGAUGAAUCUGAUUAUGAUGAUCAUAUAGUCUAUACUGAUUGUGCACGAAGGACAUAUUUACCAACAAACGUACGAAUGGUAUGCGUUAGACAAGACGCAAAUACAAUAUGUUAUUAA